UUGAUUGGUUGGAUGUGUAUGUACGUGUCAAUGGCAAUGUAAACGACAACUAUGAUAAAUAUCCUUUAAAAAGAGCUUUUUUUGAUAUGUAAGGAAUCUUACAGUAAUUCUACAUUUAAGAAACAGCAGGAAAUUGAGGAUAAUAUGGAGAAUAUUCAAAAUCUCCCUAUUGACAUUCAAACCAGCAAACUUCUCGAUUGGCUGGUGGACAGGAGACACUGCCCUCUGAAAUGGCAGAAUGCAGUGAUGGCCAUCAGGGAGAAGAUCAACGCUGCUCUCCAGGACAUGCCGGAAAAUGAGGAGAUCAAGCAGCUUCUCAGGGGCUCCUAUAUACACUAUUUCCAUUGCCUAAGGAUAGUAGAGAUACUAAAGGGAACAGAAGCCUCCUCCAAAAAUAUAUUCGGCAGAUAUUCAUCACAAAGGAUGAAGGACUGGCAAGAAAUAGUCUCUUCAUAUGAAAAAGAUAAUGUAUAUCUAGCUGAGCUGGCCAGUCUGUUGAGUCGCAGUGUAAGCUACGAGGGCCCUGCUUUGAGGAAACAGGUAGCUAAAGCACAGCAGCUGCAGCAGGAGCUAAGCAGAAAGGAGUUGGAGUGCCAGAGUGGAUCUGCAGACCUGAGGGAGCGCUACUACGCAGCAUGCAAGCAGUACGGCAUUAGGGGGGAGAAUGUGGCGAGGGAGUUACAGGGUCUUGUUAAGGAUUUACCUACUGUACUGGAGGACAUAGGCAGAAAGGUUGCCUGCCUGGAUGAAACGAUCAAGCUCUACGCGGCUUUCACUAAGUUUGUCUGUGACUGGUCUGAGCCUGUUCUACCUAUGCUGUCUUUUGUUAAUCAAAAAGGAAACACAACAGUGUAUGAAUGGAAGACAGGAAAAGUCCCAGCGGUUAUAGAGAGACAUUUAGUAGAGGAAGCACCACCUGACACUGUCACAGAGGAAACAAUUGACUGGGGCAACUUAGGCAGUGAUGCUGAGGAGGUGAAUAUUGGGUCCACAGUUGAGGAAGAGGUAGACUGGGGCAUCUCACUUGAGUCUGGCAAAGAGAACACAGGUGAUGGUGGCAUUGACUGGGGUGAAACUGAAACUGCUGCAGUGGAAAUCGAAGUUGUUGCUGCAGGCACUGACUGUCCUGAAGGUGUUGCGAGAGGCGAGGAUGCGUUCUCUAUGCUCGAGAACACACAGACACGAAGUCAGUUUAUCGAUGAAUUGAUGGAGUUGGAAGUGUUCUUGUGUCAGAGACUGAGUGAGAUGAGUGAGGAAGGCGAUAUGGUGGCUAUGAGCCAGUUCCAGCUGGCUCCUGCUAUCAUCCAGGGACAGAGACGUGAGCACGUACAGGCCAUGCUGGCAGAUGUGCGCCACCUCCUGGAAGGACUGACAUCACUGCGCAUGAAGCAUCUGUUCAUGAUCCAGGCAUCGCCACGCUAUGUGGGGCGAGUGUCUGACAUUCUGAGGCAGAAACUAAAGCAGGCUGAUAUCUUGCUGCUGAAACAAGCCUCCCUGGCUGAGCGGAGACAAGAAGCUCUCGAGGAACAAGCCAAGCUGGAACCUCGCAUCGACCUGCUGGCUGCCCACAUCAAGGAACUACAGAAACUGAUUGAAGCUGACAUCUCAAAACGGUACAAUAAGCGACCAGUCAACCUAAUGGGAGUUCAUGUGUAAACUGCAUAGUCCACAAACCAUUUCAUAAAUAAAUCUUUUAUUUCAUUUA